CUGAUGAUGCUGGAGCUACUAAGUUUCAUGUAAUUAUUGACGGACGUUCGCAUCCACAACAAUCUCUACUUUGUAAUGAAAUGAAAGUCUGGCAAGGACCCGCCAUUUUAUUAUACAAUAAUGCAAAAUUCAAGAAACCCGAUUUUGAUUCGCUUAUGCAGAUCCGUGUUGGAGGAAAACAAGGAGACGAUACAAAGAUUGGAAAACAUGGGUUAGGCUUUAAUUCUUGUUACCACUUUACAGAUGUUCCGAGCUUCAUUAGCGGCGAUUCUAUUGCGUUUUUGGAUCCUCAAGAGAAAUUCUUGCCAAAAAAACAGAACUAUACCCAGCGUGGCAUCAAAUGCCCUUUUCCACCACCACCAAAUGUAUUUGGCGGGUAUUCUGAAAGGGACCAGUUGGCACCCUACAUAGACAUCGGAGGCAUAAAUUAUCGAUCGACUUUCGAAGGAACAAUCUUCCGAAUACCACUUCGAAAACAACCAAGUGAAAUUUCUGACAGACUUUUUAAAAUUGAAGAAAUCGUUGAAUUGUUUAAAGAUCUUAAAUCAACUAUCUCCUCUCAAUGUUUAUUUCUUCGAAAUAUCGAAACAAUUGAAAUCUUCCAUUUGCCUAAAGAUAAAAAUCCUUCACAAAUGAUUUCACUUUGUAAAGCGAUGAUAUCAGGAUCGAAUGAAAGAAAAUUCAAUGGUGCUCAACAAAAUCCUGAUGAUGAUCAGCUACAAAAAUAUGCGGAACGAUAUCGAUUACGCGUAUUUGGUGGUAUAGCGGCAUUACACAAAACUUCAAAGGAUAAUGAUGAGAAUGAAGACCGGAGCGACUUUGUAGGCAGAAUGUAUUCUUUUUUUCCAUUGGCUGAUACCACAAGUUUGCCAUUUCAUCUUAACGGAACCUGGGCUCAAGGCUCAGACCGUGGGAGGUUGCUUAUUGAGGAAGAUGACAUGCCGGAUUUAGACCAUCAGAAACUUAGUUGGAAUAGACAUAUUCUGCUCGAUUUCCUUCCUAAACUCUAUGGCAAUCUUAUAAAAAAAUCCGCAGAAUUAAACGAUUAUAGCAAUAAAAUCCAUCCUAUCUCAAAGUUUUGGCCGUUUCCGUCCAUUAAUCGAAAUUAUCCCAAAUACGCAAUUGAAUACGGUUUCAAAGUACUUGAGGAUUUAUUUCAAAAUGAAGAAAUCUUGUUUAGCGGAAAUGAGAGUGACCGCGUAAAGUUUCUCUUCGAACUUUUAUCAUACAAGCAGAUUAUAGAACUCAGCAGUUUACUUCGAAAUAAUUGGAAUGAUAUGGGGAUAAAAUAUGAUCCAAAUUUAAAGCCACUGGUCCGCUCUCUUCCUAUUUGGUCAAUGCUUUCGAAUUUGUCUAAUUCAGAUUCAAAUAGACAACUUUUAAAACCAGCUUCAGGCGCAUAUAUUUUACCAGAAUCCUUUCAUCAAUAUCGAAUAAGAACUUCCUCAAUUUUUUUGGAUGCUAAAGAAAAAAUUGUUCGUCGAAUCUUAACCGACCUUGGUGUCCCCACGCGAACCAUGUACGAGUAUACAUUUGAGGACGUCGAAUUUCCUAGAAAUUAUGAUAGCGAUUAUCUCGAAUUCCUAAAAGACAUACUUAAAGAUAAACAAAUUGUUCAAAAUUUAAAGGAUAAACGCUGUUUUCCGAAUUCAAAAACGACAAAUUUAAAGAAAAUAACCGACUUAUACGAUUAUAACAAUCUGGUUUUUCGAGCUGUUUUUGGCGGGGACUCCAAUAUCUUUCUUCAUUUCGACCUGUCGCAAUUUGUUGGGAAUUUAGCGAGGAUUGGAUUCAAUCAUUCUAUAGAUACAGAGAUAUUCAAAAGUUUAGCUGAGAAAAUCGAUGAAUUACAAGCAGACUUAGUACCCCCUUCUGACAUACGUUAUCGGGGCUUUACCUUGGUAGACCAUCUAUAUCAACGUAUUGACACUUUUGAAUUGAAUAGCAUCGAAAGAAUUCCAUUCAUCCCAAUUGUUAAAAAUUUAGGCAAACCUUAUAACUUGCAACACAACCACUCUCGAGUUUUAGGUUGCAUGAAAGAUGUAAUACUUCCCGCAUAUAGAGAAGUCGCGUGGAGUCAAAAGUUUUUGAUUGCGGACGAUGUCAUACCACCUCAACAAGUACUCGAUAAAUAUCCAUCAUUUGGCAAACCUGAUGUUUCAACAGUAGUCAAACAUCUCCGUUUCUUGUAUAAAAUACUCCUCAAUGAUGAAGAUUGGAAGAAGGAUUGGCGUGAUGCAUUUAAAAACAACAUCUACGAGGUUUAUAAAUGGCUAAAUGAAGAAUGUCGUUUAAAUGAAGAUCUCGACCUGACGGAAUACAUUCGUAGCGAACCAUUAUUCCUUAAUUUCAAAAUAAAUAAAGACCCAUUUAACCUUGAAAAUUGGGUUUAUGCAUACGAUUUGGUCUUGAACAGUGAACUUGGCGAGUUGAAGUAUGUCAAUUUAAGUCUUGCUGAAUAUCCUUACAUGCUCAAAAGUGCCGGAGUUCGUGAAAUAAAGCGGCCAAACGUUCGAAUAAAUGUCAGACAACACGAUCAAUCAAAUAUUACCAAAAAUACUUUGUUUGAAUUUCUGUUAGAUCCUACUUCCUCCUUGAACGACGUAACUUUUGUUACGAAUGGCGAAAACAUUAAAGCAAGCAAAUUUUUGCUCUCUGCAAGCUCUAAAUUUUUUUGCCAGCGAUUUACUUCGGUAGGACUUGGUUUAUUUAGCUCGAUUAAUAUAUCGACUUUCAAUGUUAAUGAUAUCCAACCUAACUCGAUACGCAUUUUGUUGCGCUAUCUGUAUGGCCAAAAUAUUGAUGACGCGAUUCAAAAUCAGCAAAACUUGAAUGAGUAUUACCAUCAAGAUCCAAAUUUGACAAUGUAUAAAGACUUACUCAAGUUAGCAAAUGAUUACAUGUUAGACCAUUUGAAAGAGCUUAUGGAAUUGAGGAUCUCACGAUUGGUUUUUAUGUCAAACGUAGAAGAAAUUAAAGAAUUUUCAGAAAAUUUGAGUGCUAAACAACUUUAUGAAUAUUGCUAUGUUUUUAUUCGCGAUAAUAGUGAAUUGUAG